UUUUGGAAACACAGCGAGACGAUGUCCUAAACGACGCGAUCUUUGAUGAGGAUCACGAUGAGAUGGUGAUUGUCAAGGACAUAGACAUGUUUUCCAUGUGUGAACAUCAUCUAGUCCCAUUUGUUGGAAAGGUCCAUAUUGGUUAUCUUCCUAACAAGCAAGUACUUGGCCUCAGUAAGCUUGCUAGGAUUGUAGAAAUCUAUAGUAGAAGAUUACAAGUUCAGGAGCGCCUCACCAAGCAAAUUGCUGUUGCCAUCACAGAAGCCUUACGGCCUGCGGGAGUCGGGGUGGUGGUUGAAGCAACACACAUGUGCAUGGUCAUGCGAGGGGUACAGAAGAUGAACAGCAAGACGGUGACCAGCACGAUGCUGGGCGUGUUCCGGGAAGACCCGAAGACCCGGGAGGAGUUCCUCACGCUCAUCCGGAGCUGAGCCCGGGGCAGUCCUGCUGCCGCGGCACCGCUGUCCGCCUGCCUGGGCUUCGUUGUGUGUGCGUUCCGUCCUCCAUCGUUACAGACGUGAACUUUAUAUUCUGUGUCACUGAUUGUGGUGAAGACUUAUUUAUAGCAAAGCCAAUAAAGAUCAUUUUUAAAGGGG